CGACAAACGUAUGCGACUCGGGAAUUGAUUUGACGCAGACCACCCCUGCAAAUAUGUUCGAGUAGGUUAGUCAGUGGUUAAAGUAGUACAUUCAUGUCGUAUAAUAAAUUAAUGUUAUGUUAUUAUACAUUGCGGUAGGUUAGUUUGAUUUCACAGCUUCAGCUACCUAGCUGUUGACCGUGCUAAAGAACAUAAGAGUUAACUCGGCCUUGCUACAGGUUUAAGGAGUUUAAGCUUCACUCACAGAGGACACAAUCAUGGCUUAUACGCAGAUAUUGAAAGCCCUGCACCGGAAUCUACAACAGGCAGCGACACAAUACUCUGUGCAAAAAUCCAAGCUCACACAGGUCAGCUCGGUCCUCCUCACACACAGGACCGUGUCCACAGUAUCAAGACUGACCUUCCACAGAAGAGUCGGGGCUCCUGCUUGUGUUCAGCCAGCACUCAGCUGCUUCGUUCAAACUCAGAGGUGGCGGGCUAUUUCCCUGGACUUUACAGCCAGAAAUAAAAGCAGCCCAGAAGAGAGAGACAAGUCAGUUUACAGGUAUCAGGGUGCGAGCCCAAAGCCUUCAGCUGCACAAAAAGUGAAAGAAGCCGGCAGAGACUUCACCUACUUGAUAGUCGUCCUUAUCGGGCUUGGAGUGACAGGUGGGCUGUUAUAUGUGGUGUUCCAGGAGCUGUUUUCUUCCUCGAGUCCAAAUAAAAUCUACGGGAAAGCUUUCAACAAAGUCAAGUUACACCCAGAGGUGAUUGGUGCAUUUGGGGAGCCAAUCAAGUGUUAUGGGGAGACUACCCGUCGAGGAAGGAGGCAGCAAGUCAGUCACAUGGAGUACCUGAAGGACGGACUGAAGCACAUGAGACUUACAUUUUACAUCGAAGGCUCUGAGCCAGGCCUCAAAGGGACUGUACAUUCAGAGUCAAAAGAGAACCCUGAAACUGGAAAAUAUGAGUUUCGAUACAUAUUUGUGGACAUAGACACCUACCCAAGAAGGACCAUCAUUGUGGAAGAUAACCGAUAAGAAAGAUAAUGGACUAACAUUGAACAUUCGGAUAAUGGUGAAGUGUCACUUCACUGUGAAAGCAUUGUGAAAACUGUAUCUCUGAAAGGCAGGUUUGAUUUAUUGGACAAAUAGCUUAAGAUGUAAUGUAAAUUUAACUUAAAUUUACAUUACAUAUCUUACAUACAUUUGGUGGAGAGCAUUGCAAA